UCUCUCUCUCCCUCUGUAUCUGCUCAGCGUGGUGAAGUCAUAUAUUUCAGUCAAGGGUGUUUGCUGUAUUUAUACAGACCGUCCUGUACUGUGAUCUCUGCUCUGAGUUGUAAGUAAGAAGAGGAGCGAGAACAGAGCAACACGAGCCCAAAACCACCUGUACUCACCUGAAGGCUACCACACAAAGACCAGCAUGUCAAACAGAGGUCCUGCCUACGGUCUGACCCGCGAGGUACAGAAUAAGAUUGAUAAGAAAUACGACCCGGAACUGGAGGAAAGGCUGGUGGAGUGGAUCAUCGCCCAGUGUGGCUCUGGAGUGGGCCGGCCUGAGCCAGGCAAGACUGGGAUCCAAAACUGGCUAAAAGAUGGAUGUGUGCUGUGUGAGCUCAUCAACAGCCUGUAUGGAUCCAAAAAGCCAAUCAAGACCAUCAAGCACUCCGACAUGGCAUUCAAACAGAUGGAACAAAUAUCCAUGUUCCUCAAAGCCGCAGAAAACUAUGGAGUCAUCAAAACUGACAUCUUUCAGACUGUAGACUUGUUUGAAAGCAAGGACCUGGCUGCAGUCCAGAGGACCCUGAUGGCUCUGGGUAGUUUGGCUGUAACAAAGGACGAUGGAUGUUACAAAGGAGACCCCAACUGGUUCCACAGGAAAGCCCAAGAGAACAGAAGAGAUUUCACAGACGAGCAGCUGUCUGAAGGCAAAAGUGUCAUCGGCCUGCAAAUGGGCACAAAUAGAGGAGCUUCUCAGGCUGGAAUGACGGGCUACGGACAACCCAGGCAGAUCAUCAACAACCCGUGAAUCUGAGCAGCACUUAAAACCUCCUCUGAGACACUCCUUCUUCUGCCUUCUGAAAGGCCAGCGAGGACUGAGAAACUCUGACUCUUACCUUAACUGUGAGGAGAAACAUAACCUGGCUGUUUUAAAGGCUAAAUUGGACCAAAACAGGGGCCGAUGAGAACACACACACACACACAGCUGAACACACACUUCAAGCUGAGCACACAUACGUAAAUAUAUACCUUUAACAGUACAAGCAAACAAUCAGACAGAGCAUCUUGCAUCAUUUCAGCUGUUUUGCAUGUUUGAACCCACUGCUUAAAAAUCAAAUGUGUUUUACAUUACGGCAAACUGGAUUUUAGAUUUUGUUUUUACCUUCCAGACACUCAGAGGGUUCAGCUCUUUUCAGUUCACUAUAAAAAAAACAACUUGCAGAGACUUGUAACUCAUUGGAGAGAGCAGUAAGCCAUCACAUUCAAUAUUCAGUUUGCUUUUGUUUCCUCUUUUCAAACCUCAACCUUUUGGUGCAUUCAAAGACACUCUGUUUGAGAUUAAAGAAUUAUUCAUGGAUGAAACAACCAAACCCAUGAUCUAUUUUUCCACUGUGUCCAUGUUUGCUUUUUCUUCAUCUGACAGCAUUGCCCUUCUAAAAGCAUAGAAUAUUGUGCGCCAAGGUAUCCCUGAAUGCACCGCCAAGGCGAGGUUUGAAAAAGUUCAGCUCACAAAGGCAGUACAACAAAUGCAACUGCAUGAAUGAUAAAGCCAGAACAGAUUAUUAAAUUUGAAAGACAACCUAUCUCCAACAAGUCUCAAGUUUCAUUGAUUGUGUACUGGAAUGAACUGAAACAAAGUGUGUGGAGUGAUGUGGUUCACAAUCAUGCUAAACACAAAGUGUGAAGUUAAUAGGUUACAACAAGCAAUGAAUUGCCUGGUUUAAAAAACACAUUAAAUACAGCCAUGUGUGUUUUACUUGCUCCGUAACACAAUCUGCAGUUAGAUGCUCUCAGAUGACUCAUUUCCAAUCAAUAUGUUGGACCUUUUGAGGUUUAAUACAUCAUUUAUAAUGACGAUUUUGAAAUAAAGUUCGAUUUACCCAUAAA